AGAGCUGCUGCGGAGUGGGAGAAAAAAGCAGCGAAGCGAAGAUCGAAGCUAUGUGGAGGAAGGCUCUAUCGUGCGCCGGUGGCGCACUGCAGCGACAGGCGUGGCGCACGAUACCGUACCGGUGUUCGUCGACCGCCUCUGUCACCGUGAACUCCAUCAUCCUCCGUUCCCUCAAAGACCACUAUCUCGAAGUUUCUAAGAUGACCCCUCCUCCGAAAAUCAGCCCUCCUUCUCCGUACACUGUGGUAAAAGGGGCGCUUGAUAUUGGGGGUCCCGUUUUAAAGGGAACGUUUCGAGAUGAGGAGAUCAGUAUAUCGGUAAUGAGAAUGGUCGACAUUGUUCCGGGAGGUUCUGAAGAUGACUAUGAUGAAGACAGCGUCAAUCAGUUGUUUGUUCAUGUUGAUAUUUAUAAGCCGAAUUUGCAAGAAUCUCUGCAUUUCCUCUGCGGGCUUUACCCGGAUGCUUUAGGGAUUCAUUCGGUUUCGUUGAGGCCGAAAUCAGAGUCUUCGGAAUCUCUUGAUGUUCCGACUAAGUACAAUGGCCCCGUUUUUGAAGACGUCGAUGCAAAGGUCCGAGAUGCUCUGCACGGAUACAUUCUAGAGCGUGGGAUAAGUGAGGAACUCUUUCCAUUCUUACAAGCUUGGCUUUACGUGAAAGACCACAGGAAUCUCAUGCGUUGGUUCAAAACCGUUGGCUCCUUCGUUAAUGCGACUCAGCAAGAAACUCUCGAGGCAUAACCGACUUCGAAUCGAUUAUGCGGAGAAAAUAUAUCCGGGUAAGUUAAAUCCUUUAUUAUUUUUUAAUUUACAAAUAGUAGGAAUUGGAGGUAUCUUUCUGUAUUUUAUUUUUAAUUGUUUCGAAGAAUUUUGAGGUUUCUUAAAAGUUAAAACACUAUUAUGCAUUUAUCUAAAAUGUCUUUUUUCUUUACCAUGAUGAUUAUGGUCAUAU